GGACGACGACCAUCAAUCAAAAUUGUUUCAAUUCCCCGAUUCCCAUCAGAGCAUUGAUUCCUUUUUGCUUCAGCCAUGGUAUGAAGCAUUGAGAAAGCCGAUGUUUGUUUGAUCUGCUCUUCUUGUUGCAGCCUGUUCCGCUGUGCUCUCUCCACUCUCUAUUAAUUACUUCCGAAUUUCCGCCAUGCGAGAAGUCCCGUCGAUUCUGUUAUAUGCCGGUCAAAGGUCGUAUACGCGUUUUUGUUCAAGAUGCCUGCCCCGUCGACCGUCCUCUCAUCCCUUAGGCCGCGUCCGCUCGUUUGCUAGCAAGCACCCAGGGAGCCUUGCCAGUGGUCUUGGUUCGUCCUUGAGCACACAAAAUGCCCAUGGGCUCGAAUCUCCGUUGUCGUCAAAUGCAUCCUUCUCGACUUCCCGAACGCUCGCCGAGGCGGAUUGGGAUGAGAACCCAAACCUUUCGAUCUCCGCGUUCUCAGAGCUGCCGUCGAAGGACUUUGGAGUCAACCAGCAUAUGAUCAUCAACCAAGAGUUCAAAGAGGCGUUGCGACAGAUUCUGUGGCAGUUUCGGGCCCCGAUCCGAUAUGCGUUUGCGUAUGGAUCUGGUGUUUUUGCGCAGUCGGGGAGCGCGGCGGGCUCCGACAAGUGUCAUCCUGCAGCUCCGGCAGCCAUCAAGAACAUGCAGCAAGGCAAAGGCAAGAUGAUCGACUUUAUAUUUGGUGUGUCGUACAGUCAGCAUUGGCAUGCGUUGAACCUAAACCAGCACCGCGAUCAUUACUCUGGAUUGGGCUCGCUGGGCUCGUACAUGGUGUCGCAAGUUCAAGACCGGUUCGGCGCCGGCGUCUACUUCAACCCCUUUGUGACCGUCAACGGCACGCUGAUAAAGUAUGGCGUCGUCAACCUAGACACGCUGUGCAAAGACCUGAGCCAGUGGAAUUCGCUCUACCUUGCUGGGCGGUUACAGAAGCCGGUCAAGAUUCUACGGGACCAUCCGAGCGUGCGCCUAGCGAACCAAGUCAACCUGCUCUCGGCUGUCCGGGUGGCUCUACUCCUGCUGCCCCCCAGAUUCACGGAAUUUCAAUUGUACAGCACGAUCGCAAGCAUCAGCUACAUGGGAGACUUGCGCAUGGCCCUCCCGGCGGAAGAUCCCGGCAAAGUCAACAACAUUGUUUCCGGCCAGAUGGCCCACUUCCGACGGCUAUAUGCACCCCUGAUCGACAACUUGCCAAACGUCACGUUCAACGACCCCCGCUGUGGCCAAGAAGACUGGAUUGACGACCCGGACGUGAAUGUGUGGCUCUCCCAGGAUAUGGACCCCGUGAAACGAGGCAAUAUGGUCUGCCGACUGCCUAAGGCGUUCCGUGAAAAGCUCUAUUUUCAAUACCAAGCACGCUACGCCAUUCCGCGCUCCGAGUUCGACGAAAUGAUGCAGAAAGCCAGCGAUGCCGAUCCGUCCAUUGUCCGGCGGCGCCAAGGCGGGCCCUUUGAGCAGCGGAUCGCAAGCGAUGAGCACCUCAAGGAGGAAGUGCAGACGUCCAUCUCCAAGACGAUCCGCUGGCCUAGCACAGUCGAGAGCGUCAAGGGCGUCUUCACUGCGGGCGUGGGACGGUCCUGGCGCUACCUGGGCGAAAAGCGACAGAAGUACAGGGAUUCCAAGAAGAAGGAGGAGGAGCAGCAGCAGCAGCAGUCCUCUACUUCUUCGGAAGGGAGCUCAAGCAAGACUAAAAACGAAUAGUCUGCUGAUUACAUCCAUUCAUUCAUCUUCUUUUGGUGGAACAUCUGCUAUGGUUGAGCAGGAAAGGACAAUAGACAUCUAAAAGGCAUAUCCGAGGCGUUUCUGGGGGUUCUCAUUACCUGGCAGAGUGUCAGGUUUUGUAGUUAUUAUUGUACGUAUCUGCUUAUCUACUAGUUGGCUACAUAUGACAAUAGCGAUGCUAGUUAGUUAGUUAUAGAAAUAAGUAUGUAUUUAUUAGUUGGUAUUUAAUUGAUUAUGAGCUGAGU